AUGGAAAGACGGCUGAAUGUAACUCCCGAAGCCCUCAAUAGGCUUCUUCAAGAACACAAUAUGAGCAGGCAAGAGUUCAUAGCUACUUAUGGCCUCAAGCCUCUAGUCUAUAUCCCUGAAUUGCCUCUCAGUGCCAAAGUCAUCUUCCUGGUACUCUACGUAGUAAUCUUUCUACUGGCACUUUUCGGAAACAGCCUAGUGGUCUAUAUCAUCAUUAGGAAAAAAACUAUGAGAACUACUACCAAUAUUUUCAUCUGUUCUUUGGCUUGCAGCGAUCUGUUGGUAACUUUCUUCUGUAUACCCUUCACACUUCUACAGAAUGUUUCCUCAGAAUGGCUGGGUGGCCCUUUUGUGUGCAAGAUGAUCCCUUUCAUACAGACAACCGCUGUUGUCACUAGCACCCUGACCAUGACGUGCAUUGCCAUAGAGAGACACCAAGGCAUUGUCCACCCUUUGAAGAUGCAGAGGCAGUACACAAACAAGAGAGCCUACAAAAUGCUUGGAUGUGUUUGGACAGCAGCAAUCAUCGUUGGAUCACCUAUGCUUUAUGUUCAAACUUUAGAGGUGAAAUAUGACUUUCUUUAUAACCUUCACCACAUCUGCUGUCUGGAGUCCUGGCACAGUCUCCAGUUACGUCGUGCAUAUGCAAUUUUCAUCUUGGUGGCUUUGUUCCUGGUCCCCCUGAUGGUCAUACUGUUCCUCUACACCAGGAUAGUGUAUGAGUUAUGGAUCAAGAAGAAGAUUGGUGACUCCUCAGUGCUGAGCACUGUCAGCCGCCAUGAAAUGGCUAAAAUAACAAGGAAGAAGAAACGAGCAGUGGCAAUGUUGGUCAUCGUUGUGUUGUUCUUCUCUGCUUGUUGGGCACCUUUCCAUGUUGUCCACAUGUUGCUAGAAUACAAUAAACUUGAAGAAUACAAUGACAUCACCAUAAAGAUUAUUUUUGCCACUGUCCAAGCAGUUGGGUUUUCCAACUCCUUCAACAAUCCUGUAGUCUACACUUUUAUGAAUGAGAACUUCAAGAAAAACUUCAUGGCCGUUCUCUUUUGCAACUCCAGAAGCCAUGAUCCAGCUGACAAACAGGAUAGCCAGCACUUAGAGAGACUCCAAGUGGGACCAUCAAAAUGCACUCACAGGAAGGAGGGCCGACAUGUUCAACGCCAGCUGAGUGCAGAGAAUCUGGAACUAUGA